AUGUCCAAAAACUCAGGAUCCCUAACAGAGCACGUCACUUCGCUGGACACUUCCCCGGCAACGACCUCGAACGCGAAUGAAGACCAACAACAAGAGCUGGAGUGGAAGCCAGGUCGGGCAGAAUACGCAGUCAUGGCUACCAUAUCUGUCAUCUCUCUAAUGGACCUUGCCCUCGACCUUCACGGCUCCGCGACCGAUGCCUUCUGGGCUGGCACAUCUUAUCUACUACCUUGCGCCGUUUUCCAGCCAUUUAUCGGCUCUCUCUCUGACAUCUUCGGCCGUAAAGAACUACUCCUUGUUUCCCUCGCCUUCUUUACCCUUGGCACUCUACUCUGUGCCCCUUUCGCACGCGAUUUUACGGUCUUGCUGGCUGGACGCUCGCUGCAGGGGAUAGGUGGUGGUGGCAUCAUAACAAUGGGCCAGAUGAUCUUCGCAGACAUCGUCCCAUUGAGGUUGAGACCCAAAUACUUCAGUUUUGUGCUGGGUGCCUGGGCUCUUGGGAGUGUGCUGGGACCACUGGUCGGCGGGUUAUUUGUGCAGAAAGCGACAUGGAAAUGGUGCUUUUACAUAAAUUUGCCAUUCUGCGCUCUAGGCUUUAUCAUGGUGCCCCUAUUUGUCCGUCUUUCCACGGACAAGGCCUCAUUUGGCUCUAAGCUCCUCCGAGUUGAUGGAAUCGGCGGUCUCCUCUUCAUUGGUGGCAUGACGAGCUUUCUCAUUGGCAUCUCCUGGGCCGGCGUCCAGUUCCCAUGGUCCUCCGCCGCCACCAUUGCUCCCAUUAUUGUUGGCGCUGUAGCAGUAUCCACCUGCCUGUUCUGGGAGAAAUACGGCGCAGCAGAGCCUUUCUUCCGCCCUUCUCUUUUCUACUCCUGGUCCGCGGUUGCCGUCUACUUCGGAGCCUUCUGCCAAGGAUUCCUCCUCUUCUGCGGGCUAUACUACAUCCCGUUUUACUUCAUCUCAGUCCGCUUUGUUGCGCCCACUCAAUCAGGUCUCAACCUCUUUCCUGUGACCUGCCUCCUUCUCCCGGGCUCUAUAGUCGUGUCCGUGCUGACCUCACGGCUUGGCCGCUUCCGCUGGGCGAUCUGGUCAGGUUGGGCUCUUGCGACGGUAGGAUGCGGCCUGCUUGUUCUGUUGGACGAGAAUACGACGACUGCAUUGUGGGCCACCUACUUCGCCGUUUUCGGCAUCGGAAAUGGCAUGGUACUCACGAGCGUCAACGUCGGUACCCAGGCCAUCAGUCGCAUCGAAGACUGCGGUCGAGCUGCAUGCAUGUACGCCUUCAUGCGCACGCUAGGAAUGAGCGUUGGCGUCGCGGUCGGGGGCACCACAUUCCAGAAUGUCAUGGCCAAUCGAUUGCGCGAGCUCGGUUUACCCGAGACUAUUGCUCAGAAUGCCGAAGCAUUUGCAACAGAGUUGGCUGGCAUGGCCUCUUGGGAUCCGGUACGGCUUGGAGCUUUGUCCGCUUACGUGAAAGGGUUCCAGGGCGUGUUCUGGGUAAUGACGGCAACGGCUGCUUCUGGAUUCAUCACUAGCUUGGUGAUUCGCAAACAUAUUAUGUGA